AUGUGCGAGAAUAUGUCUACCAAUAGCAUCAAAUUACUUGCGGGAAACUCACACCCAGACUUAGCUGAGCGUAUUGCGAAGAAGCUAGGGUUGCCUUUAGCAAAUAUCGGAGUUUACCAGUACUCAAACCAGGAAACAUCAGUUACUAUCGGAGAGAGUAUACGUGACGAAGAUGUGUACAUCAUUCAGACAGGUACAGGUGAACAGGAGAUCAACGACUUCCUCAUGGAGCUUUUGAUUAUGAUUCAUGCGUGUAGAACAGCAUCGGCCAGGAGGAUUACAGCUGUCAUUCCUAAUUUCCCAUAUGCAAGACAGGAUAAGAAAGACAAGUCACGUGCGCCCAUCACUGCUAAACUUGUAGCACAAAUGUUAGAAACAGCUGGAUGUGAUCAUGUAAUUACUAUGGACUUGCAUGCUUCACAGAUUCAAGGUUUCUUCCAUAUUCCGGUUGAUAACUUGUAUGCGGAGCCAAGUGUGUUACAUUACAUUCGUCACAAUACUGACAUUGACAACGCAAUUUUAGUAUCUCCUGAUGCUGGUGGUGCCAAAAGAGUGGCCUCUUUGGCAGACAAACUCGAUCUAAAUUUUGCUUUGAUUCAUAAGGAAAGACAAAAGGCCAAUGAAGUUUCUCGCAUGGUUCUUGUUGGUGAUGUGACAGGUAAAAGUUGUUUAUUAAUUGACGAUAUGGCUGAUACCUGUGGUACGUUAGUAAAGGCGUCUGAAACUCUUUUAGAGCAUGGUGCAAAAGAAGUUCUUGCCAUUGUUACCCAUGGUAUCUUUUCUGGUUCGGCAGAGCAAAAAUUAAAUAAUAGCAGACUCUCAAGAAUCGUUUGCACAAAUACUGUCCCAGUUGAUUUAGACAUUAAUAUCCUAGACCAAAUUGACAUUAGUCCCACGCUUGCCGAGGCAAUUAGGAGAUUACACAAUGGAGAAAGUGUCUCAUACUUAUUUACCCAUGCAGCAAUAUAG